AUGGAUGAGAGGUAUGAAAGGAUGAUGGAAGUUGGGCGUGGAGCGUUUGGUGUCGUUUGGAAGGCAAUCGAUAAACAAAACGGGGAAGUCGUGGCGGUCAAGAAACUCAUGGAAAAGUAUGACAGCAACAACGAAUAUCUCAUCCUCAGAGAGAUCAAGGCUCUCAAGAAGCUGGACAACCAUCCGAAUAUCGUCAAACUCAAACAAGUCGUCAAAGAACAGGACGACCUCUACAUGGUGUUCGAGUACAUGGAAUGCAGUCUCUACAGAAGUAUGGUGCAACGAAUCAAGAAGCCGUUUUCAGAAGACGAGAUCAGAGACAUGUGUUUCCAGUUGUUUGAAGGUCUUGCGCACAUGCAUCGUAACAAAUACUUUCAUCGUGAUCUAAAACCCGACAACAUUCUUGUGUCCGGAGAUGUUAUAAAGAUCGGUGAUCUUGGCUCUGCCCGGAUGUUUGAUGAUCGAUUUCCAUAUACGGAUUAUAUCACCACACGAUGGUAUCGUGCUCCUGAAAUCCUUCUUGGCUCGAAUAAUUAUGAACCCUCUGUUGAUAUGUGGGCUAUGGGUGCAAUCAUGGUCGAGUUAUUUACGUUCGAGCCCUUGUUUAAAGGUUCUUCUGAACAAGAUAUGAUUCAUAAGAUUUCCAGGGUGUUGGGCACCCCGACAGAGAGUACAUGGAACGAUGGUGUUCGUCGUGCAAGAGAGAUCAAUAUUCAGUUUCCGCAGUUUAUUGGGGUUGAGUUUUCUGAACUGCUUCCGUAUGCAAGCCCGGAUGCAGUCAACCUGAUUAGUUCACUUCUUUCUUGGCAUCCGUGGGGGAGGCCAACAGCGUUGGAGGCGCUUCAGCAUCCGUUCUUUGACAAUAGUAACCAUGUUUUACGUCUCAGAUGGCAUGAUUCCAGAGAUAUUGCAUCUGCCAAAAGUAACGGAAGAUUUGUAUUCAGAAAAGCGAUGGAGCGGGAGCAGUUGAAGCAGCAAAGAAGGAUGAACGAUUGGAUUUGA